AUGAACAGAAAAGUAUACAAAAAAAACAAGAAGGUGGUAAAGCUACUCUCAAAGAUAGGAUACAGAAUUCCUUACCAAGUCAUUGUCGAGUGUGAUUUUGUUGCUGCAAUGAACAGAUAUCAUCUAGGACUUAGACACAUAAAUGACCUGUUCAAGUCUCAACCAAAGCUCUUUAUAACCAAGUGUGUUUAUAAGAAGCUCAAAGAAAUUGGAAGGGACCAUAAGGAAGGGAUCUCAAGGUAUCUGGAGAUAUUACACUGUGACCAUAAAGAAGUAAAAGAACCAUUGAGCUGUCUAAGAAGAGUUAUGAGGAAGUCGAACAAGAACCAUUACAUCCUGGCUAGCAACUGCACAGAAAUCACAGACCUUAUUGGAACACAAAGGAAGAUUCCUGUGGUUUCGUGUAGAGGAGGAACGCUAGUAAUAAGUGCAGAUCUUCAAGAAAUCCCUAUGUAUAGUGGAUUCAAGACAGAGGCAGAUGAGGAGGAGCUCAAUAGGCUGGAAGCUUUGUUUUCUACAGAAACAUGA